UACCCGAUAGAUGAUACACAGACAUAUAUCUGUUUCUGUCUUGGAUCUCUGGGAUUUAUUUGGUAAAAUGUAAUGCCACAAGUUGUAGCAGUGACAUCCUAAUGAAGCAGCAGGUAGGACAGCAGACCAUGAAGAAAAUACAGAGGAAGAGAGACAGAAAAGAGGAGGAGCGUAUACACUUGUUGCGUCAUUUAUUACUCUCAAGAGCAGAUGUAUUAUCCACUGGAGAAUCACUGCUGGGUUAUAUAUCUGUGAAUGUGUCUUGGGCUGGACUCACAAGAGAAAAGAGAGACAUCUGACAAGAGAUUUUCUUAUGGCCAGCUUCAAUUGCUCAAACAACAUGUCUCAAGUCAGGAAGAAGAUGAACUAAUGCAGCGUCCCGAGGUGAGAGAUGAGGACCUGAGCGAAACAAAGACCAAACUGGGUACAAGUGGGCCAGCAAAAAGCAAGACACUUGAAGUAAUGGAGGAGUGUGAGAGAAGUGGUAAAGCUGCUCCCUCGGUGUUCAGUGGAGUGAGAUCAGGAGCGGAGACUGUUUUGAACGCGCGCUCAGCUCGACCUAUCAGGAAGUAGCAGUGGACUUCCUGACCAUGAUUGGACAACUUAUUUCACUUUAUGGGUUUGGGAUCAGUUUUUUUGCAGCUGCACUUCAGUCCAUGAAAAUUUAGUUUGAAGCCUUUUUUUCUCCCCCAUUCUUAAACAGGUUAGCUUGUAUACACAAGAACAUUCAGACAAAUGUUUAACUAUUCUUACUGCCUCUGUCACAUUUAAUUCCAAGUUAAGGUAAUAAGGAACGAGCAAUACUGCAAUCAAAACAAUUGCAUUAAAUAAGUUUUUCUUUAUAUCAAUAAAUUAAGUUAAGUUGGAAUCUU